GCUUGCUGACAUGUUUUACGUUAUGAAAUGAAAUGAAGUCAUCGUGUCCAAAGAACUUAUUUGUUUACUUAAUUUUUUCGAAUGAUUUUUAUUGUUGAUGAAGUGUUGAAAUACAGUUUUAAUAAAGUUGAAACUAGACGUCUUUUUAAUGAAGAUUUAUGUUAUCGGAAAGAUUCUUUUUUCACUUUGAAGUUUUGAACGCUAUUAAUUCUUAAGGAGUGAAUUUAUAAAGGUUUAGAGUGAAUGCUCAAAGAUGUUGUCUGAAGUAUUCUAUUUAUUUAUUAUAAGAAUUUCUGCAUGAACAGUAUUGUACACCAAGGAGUUAAGCAAUUUUUUUUUAUUAUUCUGUAUGAUGUCAUUAAUAUGGAUCAGCUUGCUCAAGAUUUAAGCAAUGCUUUAGAUGGAACAUCUGAUCUUCUUUCCUGCAAUAAGGUUAAGAAAGGAAAAACUUGGAAGUGCCGCUCGAAACCUAAGUGUUGUUUAAUUGCUUUAGGCAGCAGUGUACCUAAGUCUAGUGCUGUUAGUGAAGAUUCUGAUUCUAGCUUAGAUAAUCAGGUGCCACAACAAAUGGAAAUUUCAAUGCACAUCGCUCGCCAGUGGAGUGAUUCUGAUGAAAUAAUUUCUAAAGUAAACAAACAUAACUGUCAUUUAUCAUCAUGGAGACACUGUGCUACUAGCAUGGGUGAAUCUGAUUCUGUCAAUGAAAAUUUUCAGUCAUCUAGAGAACCUAGAAGAAAGCGAAAAUUUAAAAGAAUGACUGUUGAUCCACCUUCUACAGCAGAUCAUGAAUUUCAGUGCUUAUCAAAUGUUUCUUUAUUUUCUCAAAAGCAUAAACGCCUUUGCAAUAUAAAAUCUUCAAAAAUUUCAAAGCAUUCCAUUAAAUCUUCAAAACUUUCAAAACUUUCUGUGUCUCAACUUUCUGCCGAGAUGGAAAAUAUAUGUAGAAACUUUACUGCUGCAUCUUGUGGCAAGAGGAAGCGUUGCUCUCACGAAAGAAGCAUUGAAUGCAAUAGCAAUGAUUGCAAAGAGGCCACUUCUGGAAAAAAUUCUAUUGAUGCCUAUCGAUGUUCUAAUCCACAUCGCAGUGUAGAAUAUGUUAUUGACAGAGCAUGUGAUGCCAGUAGCAGUGGAGUUAGUAGUAGCGAUAGUGAAUGUGGAUUGACGAAUGAUGAAAGUAGAGAAGCGGAUGAUGAACAGAGUGAUUUUUUUCAUGAACCGGGACCUGUUUCUGGAGUUCCAGGUUUUCCUCCUUUGUGGCAUGAUAAUCAAUUAAUGUCUGAUAUCUCUGAUCCAAAGUUUAAACUAGUUUUAUCAGAAAAUAUAUAUGAUGUGUCUGAAGCAAGACAGAGAUUUGGAAUUCAG